AUGCCCACUAAAAAGAAACACGCUCCGUCCGUUUUACUCACCAACGAAGAGAAUGAAACGAUUCGUGAUAUGUUAGGACAAAAGAAAUAUGUGAGUGCUCAAGACUGAAGUACUUUUUAAAUUGUUUGUAUGAGCUUUUACGCGGCGAAAGUUGUUUAUAGAUAUCGGUGUCUGUUUAAAUAUGUAGAUAGACAUAUAUGAGAAAAAAGGGAUUUUGAAAUUAAAACAAGAAGGAACUUCCCCUUUCAUUAGCUCCAGCAGAGACUAUUGAAGCAACUUUCCGUUUAGUGCCGAAAGUAAUCCCGAAUGUGGAAUUGAUGUGUUUCAACCUUCAUAACUGAUUGGUUAGAAAACUCUCACCACCUUCACAACGUGAUCAUUCAAGUUUUCUAGUCGUAAAAUAAGCUCCUUUUGAUGGUACUCUAAUAAGCCAUUGUACUCUCUAUGGUUUUUUUAACGAUCCUCAAUUGAAAAGCACUCCCUUGCUCUCUUGUACUCCAAGGCCGUUCACGUUUUGCAAAUUCUUAACUCACCUAUGCAUUCAUUAAUUCAUUUGUUUAUGAGUUCGUUCGUCCGCUAAUUCAUAAUAUGCUGUUCAUUCAUUCAUCCACUUUUCAGUCAUUAGCAACAGGCAUUGUGCAGUUGUACCUCGCCCUUCCAAAGGAUCGAACACGAUGGAGUCAUAUCGUGACAGGAGUAGCAUGCCUUGUGAAAGAUGGCACCUUAAAAUCGUAUUACAUCAGAGUUCUGGACAUUACGGUGAGUACUCUCCAUUGACACAUAUUAUCCGAAGUAAAGUUUCAAAACUAGGAUUUCGACUCUUUUCUAAGUGUAUUACAUCAGAGUUCUGGACCUUACGGUGAGUAUUCUCCGUUAACACAUAUUAUCUGAAUGAAAGUUUCAAAAAAAGGAUUUCGAUUCUUUUCCUAGUGUACCAUGAACAAAUGCGAAUUAAACGAUAGAAGUAAUGGGAAAAUUGAGGCUGUAAAAAUCAAUUUACGAAAAUAGAGAUUAGAGUCUGAACUAAGUAGAAAAUAUGUAUUAACCUUGUUAAACGAACAAAUUGGCUAAAAUAAAAAAUGCGAAACUUCUUAAAAUUCGAAGGGGAAACACAUUUGCGCCAACGAAAGCUCAAAGACAACUAACGGAAAUAUCCGCGGAAACAAACAAAAAGUGUUCACGUCAGUUUUCCAAUUUUAAGGUUAGAGUUCUUUGACGUGAUUGGCUAAUUUGUGAAAUCACGCGCGCCGCGCGUGAAUACAAAAAGAAUACAAAGUGCGGUGGGGAAGAAAAGAAUUGUUACUUGAAAUUUAAAAACGAAAGAGAUUUGCUACAGGAGUGGAGAAAACUGUUGUAGGUAAACGUUCAACCCCAGACUCUUCUCCCGAAUGAAAGGCUUUUAGAGGAUAUCAUGAUUUGACACCACUAUCUGGGAUUAUUCAACGAGUAAAAAUAGCUUAAAUAUACAAUAUUGUGGUCGUUGAAUUGUUUGUAGUUAAAAAGGGCGUUCAAAGAAUACAAGUGGUUUCUUUCCUAAAAACCCUCCUCCGUUAAAACUUUUUGUUUAACAAUAGACAUCUGGAAAUAUUAUAUGGUAUAUUGAAAUUCGUGAUGCUGUAUCUCAAUAUUUUUUUAAAAAUUGAAUGACGGUUUACUUCUUAUACAUUUUUUAAGUUUUUUUUCCCCGCACUGAUCACAGAGCAAAGAGAUUCCAUGGGAACAAGAGUUGUAUAAACAGUUCAAAUACAGAGCCGCUACUGCAAAGUUCCAUACCUUCAACGCACAUGUGAGUCGAGUGAAUUUGAUAAAUACUGAGGUCCUAUUAAGGGUUAUCGGGAUACGGGAAAUUUAGGUAGAAAAACUCCCAAUUUUUUUUCAUGUGACUGAUAAAAUUUUAAUUUCAUUAUAUACAUAUAUAUCUUGUAGAAUCCAUUUGACAGUAGCUACUCUGCAACGAGAUUAAUUAAGUGUUUUUAUAUCUGAGGUGGCCACUCUACUCGUUCAGAUUACACUCAAACACGUUGAACAGAUAAACAUCGUCAAAUUAAGUUAGGUUACUUUUCAUUUCAAUCUCAAGAGGUUUAUUUUACUUUGGCAGGAUUGUCGAGCAGGAUUGAAUUUCUGUGAUGAGCAAGAGGCAGGUGCCUUUAAGGCAGCGAUCAAGGAACGGAUCAAAGAUUUUAGACGAAAAAGACAAGGUUAAAUCCAUUUUUCAAAGUGUCGAAUAAAAAGUUUACCGUUCGCCGUUUCCUUUUAACGAAUAUGUAUGAUACCAAUGAUUGUAACUAUGAGUGAGCAGGAAAACUUAAAAUAACGAUGGCUGAUACUAAUAUCUCACUGCCAUUGCUUUUUAAGUCUUUGUUAUUAUUAUUGUUUUGCGAAAAAUGCCACUGUUGUGAUUGAUCUUUACGCCCUCAACUUCCGAAAGUUAAUUAUCUUAAAACAAUAUAAUUUCUCAUCAACAACACCUGCGAGGGCAAUAUCUCCUGGCUGAUCGUUAUCCUCUUUCUCAUUAUCUGUCCGCUUGACAGCGUGUAAAAAUUCUUGAGAGAAUUGACCGUUUGAUGGCUCGUGGGAGUCAACAUUUGACUAGGCACGAGCUGGAAAGUAAAUGGUAUUACAGUCGAACCUGUAUUAAGUGGCACCGUAUUCAGCAGUCACCCUGUAUUAAGCGGUUGGUUUCCAAAGUCCUGAAUGCUCCCGUUAAUCACUGUAAUUUUUACCUCUAUUAAGCAGGCACCUUAGUAAGCGGUCAGGGGCUACACUUUACUGAGUCCAAACGGCCUAUUUGUACUGUCUCCUACCUGUAUUGAACGGUCAGUUAAAGCGGAACCAUUCAAGUAAAUUAAAACUAAGAGUAGUCUCUCAAGUAAGAUUCAAUUCAUGGCCAUCUCCCGAAAUCAAUAUAAAUCAUAUUUUUGAGCUAGUUUUUGUACAUCAGGUGGUCAAUUAUGGCAUUAAAUUGUGUUUUCUAUCGGUUUUAUAAUAACCUGAUUCUGUGAAACUUGUAUUAGGCGGCAACCCCACCAUUCCCCGUCGAUGACCGCUAAAUGCAGAUUCGACUGUUCCCAUGUGAUCACAUUGCAAUUUUUAUUCGUUAACCAGAAUUCUUGUUUCUUAGAGGCUCGCCAAAGGAAAGCUAUGGCUCAACAACAAAUGCAGUACCAACAAAUGCAACAGAUGCAACAGAUGCAGCAAAUGCAUCAGCUGCAACAGAUGCAGAAAAUGCAGCAAAUGCAGCAAAUGCAACAAAUGCAAGCAAUGGUUGCAGGACCAAUGGGCCGAGGCGUCCAAAUGGUUCGAUACCAGACUCUUCAAGCUCACAGCUCGUUUGCUCAGCCAAGACUUAUGAUGAGACCACAGGCACCCCAGAUGAUGGCCCGUAAGACACAUAUUUCUAUCAUAUUGAUGACCCUCGCCCCAUUUAUUGCCCAAGUGACAUCUAUUAUUUUUCUUAAUUGUUCAGUCGACUUAUGGAAUGAUUUUUUGUAGAAUUAGCCAUUGUGAAAUUUCAAAACUCCGAGAACAGGAUUUCCGAAGGGCUCCCUGGAGUCCUUGCAAGACAGAAAAUUACUCUCAGAUCAAUGCAACGAUUAAAAAGCAAGUGGGUUGUACACAGCACACUUUUUGUUCCUGCCUUCCUGUCUAUGAAUUCCACUUCUAACACGUAUAGGACGAACAUAAUUGCAUUGCUGGAUGAACUGAGACUCUUUUAACUACGUUAGGUCGGCCCCAGACCCCCAGUCGCAUCUCUCGGUAGUGCUUUGAAUUAAAUUCUCUUUCAAGGGAUACUUAAGGUAAGCAUUGUUCUCUAAAACUGCAGCUCAUCCUAGGCAACCAGUACCUAUGCGACCACAGCCUUCUCAGGCACCAAUGCAAAUGCGUCGGGGAGUGCCAAGAGGAAUGGGACCAGCUAGACCCGCCUCUCCCCAGCCUCCCAUUCAGCCAAUAUAUUCCAAUGCGCCUCAAACGAGAAGGAAUGUAGAAAACAAUGUGCAAAGAAGACCACCGUCCCAGGCUCCGCCUAAGGGUAUAGUAAAACUUCAGACGUACCUAUACUAUUAACUUGACCAUCUACUUGAAACAGCCUACAACGACACUGACAAAGUAAACGAUCUUUAGUUACAAAGAUCUCCAUUUUGAUUGUUCGCUUCCGGGAGAAUCUACUUCCAUGCUUCAAGUCAUCGAAAUACCAAGACUCAUAUAACGCGUCUAUUCAAUAAAAGUAACAUCGAGUUCCCAACAUCUCAAUUCUUUUGGUAGAUUCAGUUAAUCAAAGACCUGAGAGAGCCGCAUCAGCAAAGCCAACACAGAAGCACGGAGAAGAACCGAUUUACGGGGACUUGCCCAAAACUCGCCAAGCAAGUGGUUGGUGAUAGCAAAAUGUAGAAUUUGGGAUAUUUAACUAGCGCUAUCAAAUCUGGCCUCUUUGAAUAAACUUCUUCUUCUUCUUCCUCUGAUUAAAUUGUUCUCUUUGCGUUGCAGAAGUCGCAGCCAAUGCCACUGAAACAGAAACAGUCUCUCAGCAGGAGGUUACUGCAACCGAAACAGACAUGGAUAAGAAAUCAAGGAAAGACAAGAAAGAAAAGAAAGGUACAGAUUAGAUGAAACUGCACCAUUAAACCAAGUCAUGGUUAAAAAAUGAAAGGCAUUUCAAACUAAUUCAAAUUGCACGUCUUAUUGCAAGGAUUGCUUUACCAAAAACCACACGUAUUUUGACGAAAGAAAAGUUUCCCGCGUGUGUUUUAUUGAUCCAUGGUUUUUUUUUCUACGAAAUACCUACUGCAACAAUCCAAAACAAGCAUAUUUAUUAUGACAGGUUUCUUUGGAGGCCUUUUCAAAAAACCUUUGAAAGAUUCUGAGGAAAAGCCAAAAGAGAAAGAUACUAAAAAAGACCGAGGUCCGUCACAAGGUAAAUGUUGUCUCUACCUUAAAAAUUGCGGUUGAUGCAAACUAUAAUGCUACUCUAUAUAGUAGGAUGACAGAAGUUAACAUGUGCAAACCUCAGUUGUCAUUCACUGUUGGACGACAAGAUAACAAGAGCGACUUGAGACAUGGUUAAGCUCUUCAAACGUUGUGCUCUCUCUCUCUUUCCUUUGAGUGUAUUUUAAAACUAUCUGAAAAAUAAGUUUAAAAUUCGAAAUCCUGAGCUAUAGUCAGAGGUGCUGCAAGUGUUUAGGCUAGUAAGUAAUGCCGAAAUAAAGGGGAGUUGCGUUGAGAGACUUAUGCAGUAAGUAUUUACAACCGAUUUUCAUCAAGAGCUGGGCUGCCCUUUUUGAUAUAGCAUCCAAGUAGAUGUUAUGGUAGACUGUGAGUACAAUUUGGUCAAUGAGAGGAUUUAAAUCAACUAAUAAUAUACUCGUGUUUUGUUAUUUUACAGAGCCUGCCCCCUCGCAGCAAUCAGCACCAGCGGCCCCGCCUGCCCCUGCAGCUCCGCCCCCUCCACCUCCCGGAAAAGCCCCGCCAGGGGUCACAGCUCCGACCCCUGCCUUGACACAAGCAGAAGCACCAGCCCCUGCCUUGACACAAGCAGAAGCACCAGCUGAGGCAGGUGUUGAAUCAAUUGCUCUACCACCACCACCCCCACCGCCACCGCCACCGCCACCACCCCCUCCCUCAAUGGAUUUUCAAAUUUCUAGUACAAUGCAAAACUUGGAGAAACCAGUCGGAGCGGGAGGCGAUGAACCAGCUUCUUUUCUAGACAGCAUACUAGCAGGACCACAACUUAAAAAGGUCGGUAGAGUGUUUGUUUCCGUUUUCUGGAAUACAGGUAAUAGUCUCGUACCCAGAGCUUCCACGGCCAAGGGUUACAGUUAAACGGCAGGUUUUGGGUAUUAGAUUAUACAGGUAAGAUUCAAUUUCUUUACGUAACAAAUUAGACAACGUUACCAUCUCAAUACUAAUAUUAUAAGUAUAAAUUACAAAUAUCUUAUUAGACGUUUUGGUGUGUAGUAUCGCUGAGUAUUUUUACGGGUUGUGCCGUAUUUUGACGAGCCCGUAAGGCUCGUCAAAAUACAAACUACAAUAGGGCGAGUCAAAAUCCGGCACAACUCGUGAAAACAUUCAGCGAUACUACACACCAAAACGUCUAAUAAGAUAUAUAUACUGCACAUAUAUGACCCGUACAUUUUUCUGACCAAAUCUCCGUUAGGGAAUCAUCCAUUGCUUUCGCGGGUUUAAACUAAGCUUUGCAAUUUCAUUAAUUUAUCUGUCUUCCGUGUAUUCGUGUACUUGUCCGUCGAUUCGUUUUCCUGUUCGCGUUUGUUCAUUUGUUCGUUUGGUCGAUCAAGUUCCUUCGUUGCCUCUUCGUUCCUUGUUUGCUCCUCUUUGUACCUACUUCGUUCCUCCCUAGUUUCUUCUUCGUUCCUUCUUCGUUCCAGGUUUCGUACCUUCUUCGUUCCUUCUUCGUUCCUUCUUCGUUCCUUCUUCGUUCCUUCUUCGUUCCUUCUUCGUUCCUUCUUCGUUCCUUCUUCGUUCCUUCUUCGUUCCUUCUUCGUUCCUUCUUCGUUCCUUCUUCGUUCCUUCUUCGUUCCUUCUUCGUUCCUUCUUCGUUCAAUCAGUCACUUAUCCUUUGUUAACUUUGCAGUGCCUGUUUGUUAUUCAACAGACUUGCUUAUCUUUCUACUGGCGCUUUCAGGUUGAUGCAUCAUCUAUCCCGCAACCAAAAUCUAAAGAAGAAUUUACGGGUAUGUUGGGAAACUUAGCUCGUGCAUUGGAUGAAAGGCAUAAAGUGAUGCAUUCUUCAGGUAACGUGACUAGACUUUGUGGUUUCAGCGGCGAUAUCACAAGAUGCUUGCAAUCAGUACCAUGUAUUGUGUGUGAGAAAUGGUAACCUGAUUAUCAUAUUAGCGCGCUGAACGACCUAUCCAGAGGUUUGGGUUCCAGAUUCUCACAUGUCCUCCCUUAAGUGUUUGCUGUUGCACUCUGGGAAAAUUGACGAAAUACUAGCGGUAACUGAACGGCUUUCCAGCGAGUAAUCCUUUAGGUAACUUAAAUCUCCAAACUCAUAAAAUAGGUUACGAACAACCACCGAGGAAGUCUCAAGCGCAUAAUCGCCUGCAAACGGCCACCUACGAGUGUCUUGUUGAGCUCGAUAACCUCCGUAUCCUCGGAUACGAAAGGAGAGGAGUAUGAGCUCUAUUCUUGCACAGCGGCUGGUAAUUGAAUCAGUGUCUUGUUAACUCGAUCGCUAAUCGGUUAAUACGAUAAUUGCAUGGACUUCCGUAUACAUAUUCUUGGAUUUUUUCAUGUUUUCCACAGACGAAGAUGAUGACGACGAUGAAGACGACGACUUUGAUGACGAUGAUGAAGAAGAUUGGUCGGAUUAA